AGAGAAGAAUUUCAAAGGGGUAGGGAUAUGAUUUGUCAGACGUAAGCCGCCACUCAGGGACUCAAUAAUCGAAGAGUAAGGACAAUAUUAUCCUAUUCAAACGUAGUUUACUCCACGCAUUUAAGGGUAAUUUUGAGAAUAGGGUCUCAUCCACAUCAGAGGUUUGGCUCAUAAAAUGGGCAGAGUAAUACAAAAUUAACAAGCAAUUGCAGGAAUAUGGAGACUCCGGCCACCAGCAAUAUGGAGACUCCGGCCACCAACAAUAUGGAGACUCCAACCACGAGUGCCGGCCAAGACUCUUUCGGCUAUGUCUCAGUGGGAGACGACGGUGAUCCGAGCAAGACAUUCUGCAAAUGUGGUGAAGGCUGGGCAUGCGUUGUCACCAAAACCGAGGAACCUGCUGCCACCAACGCCUUCUUCAAAUGCGCCGAAAAGUGUACCUGUCUCAUAGAUACAAAAACAGAGGGGGACUCAAAGACGUACGCCCUAAAGAGUCCCGGAGCAGGCAUGGCGAUUUGCAGAGUUGGAGAAGGCUACACCUGCGUCAUUACCAAGAUCACUGGGCCGGAUGCAGGCAAGACAUUUGUGGAGUGCGGUGGAGGUUGCACGUGUGUGAUUAAUGGACCUUAGAAGUUAGAACAAAUGCUUGUGGCUUGUGGCUUGUAGUUUGUACUAGGCCCAUACAUAUAUAAGGGGCUUGCUAUAUCAACUUUGGGUGAGGUUUGAGUCAUUUGUAGAAGCCUGUUUGAGAAACUAUGCUGUGGGGAUUGAUCAUUAAUAACUACCUUGUACAAUAUUAUGUAUGCGAAGGAUUAUCAAAGAUAUGUGUAUAUAGUGAAAUUAGCUUUGGAUA